UGGUGCUUCAUGUUGUGGUUGACUGGUGUUGAGCUGGCUGGCUGCAUGCAGACUGUAACAGCAGCAGCAGCAUGGCAUACAGUGCGAAGAUCGGUCCGUCCAUCCUGAGCAGCGACCUGUCCUGUCUGGGCAGCGAGUGCGUGCGGAUGAUGGGCUGCGGGGCAGAUUACCUGCACCUCGAUGUCAUGGACGGGCACUUUGUCCCCAACCUCACAUUUGGACAUCCCAUGGUAGAGUGCCUAAGGAAGUCAGUAGGCCAAGACCCUUUCUUUGACAUGCACAUGAUGGUGUCCCGGCCAGAGCAGUGGGUGAAGCCCAUGGCUGCAGCAGGAGCCAACCAGUAUACAUUCCACAUAGAGUCCACCACCAACCCCGGUAACCUCAUCAAGGAGAUUAAAGAGAGUGGCAUGAAGGUGGGUUUGGCCAUAAAGCCUGGUACUACUGUUGAAGAGCUGGCACCUUGGGCUAACCAGAUCGACAUGGCUCUGGUCAUGACUGUUGAACCUGGCUUUGGAGGCCAGAAGUUCAUGGAGGACAUGAUGCCCAAGGUGAGUUGGUUGAGGAGUCAGUUCCCUUCAUUGGACAUUGAAGUAGAUGGAGGAGUCGGCCCUGAUACCAUUCACAAGUGUGCAGAGGCAGGAGCCAACAUGAUCGUGGCAGGCAGCGCUGUAGUAGGCAGCGACGACCCCCGUUCUGUCAUCGCUCUCCUGCGUACCGUGGUGGCCGAAGCAAUCCAGAAACGGUCACUGGACCGCUGAGAUGUCCUCUUUGUGAAAACCUACCUGCCCGUCACAGCAACACAACACAACAGCCAGUGGAACAGACUCAACACAAACAUUUCUGGGGUUGAGGUCAGGGGUCAGAGCAGGGCGCUAAUGGCCAAAUCACUUAAAUGUGAGAGAAGCUAACCUGUGCCUCUGCAAAACAUUUAGAAUUUCAUCCUGUCUUACCACAAUCGCCUCUCUGAACAGUUAACCAAAAGUGAGUUUCACCUCAGCAUGAAGACAACCAUUCCAAGACCGGAGCUGAGGUUGUGCUUAUUUUACAUAUGUAAACAUUCCUUAAUAUUGGUUGACACUGUUUUAAGUUGAUAUUAAUUAUGGAAAUAAAAAUGGUCCAAGGAGCACUGUGUUUAGUAUAUCUUCAGUUUUGCAAGUCAUUUUCUGACUUUCAUAUGAAAUCAUGUUUCAUAAAUUCUGUCUCUUUGCUAAACUGCUGAGCUUGAAUAAUGUUCACUUGAAAAUUCUAUGAGAUUUGGUUUUGCAAAUUAAAAAGACUAACGAAGUGAUGUAGAAA